AAUGGAGAGCAUUUGUAGCAUGUUGCGAAAAUCGAAUGGAAAAACAUCAGGACACGGACUUGCCCUUGACGUGAUCAGCUGGAGGUGUACUUCUCAGUUGCACAAGAGCAGAGAUCGAGCAGUCAUCCUCGUAGGUAAAGCCUACUAAAGGUGCGGAAUAGUUUCUUGAUCACGCAACAUUGCCACUGCCAGUGUUGUCCAAUUCAAUUGCGCCAUUCGUGGGCCUGAACAACUGCUCCCCUAGUCUGAAGGGCUGCUCCAGUUUUGAAUCACUUUCAUCCUUGCCCGAUUUCAAAACAAAUUCUAGUUCAUUGUUGGUUCCCUGUGCUUUGAAAAAUGACUCAGGAAGACGAGGCGCGUCGUUCUGCAGAGUUAGAGAGCUCUGCUGUGAAGGAAACACCGGAUUUGCGUGCCAAUCGUGGCCGUGACCUGAACCAAAGCUUGCUGCCAGAUACUGACUUGAACAGGGAUGCGGCUAAGGUGCUGCAGCAGAAACAUGUCACUGCCAAAGACUUGUCUGUCGGCGGCAGUGCACGGAAUGCCUUCCCGAAUUCGAGUCGUCCACAGGCACAGGUGGCGGAUGGUGCGGGGUCGCAGACUACUCCUGUGGAUUCCGACGCACAGAGAGCGCCUGUUGCCAUUGCUGCCCUGGGAGCGGCUCUGCCUCGGGCCAAGCGGAAUGGACGUCGUGUAAAUUUCAUGGCAGCAGGACAAUGCUAUGGAAUGAUCCUGGACACGAAAGCUGCUGGGCCAACAUGCCAUGGUGUAUACGUUGUUGACUACAAAAUGACAUACCAUCGUCGAUUCAGUUUACCGCGGGCCUUUCUAACUGGAGAUCGCAUAGCGGCGUUUCGCACUCCCAUGCCUUACCGGGGCAUUUGCGUCAAGCGUCUGAAAGUGCCGGCACGGGUUCAGACGCCAGACAAAUCCAACACGGAGCCCAGCGACCUGAUAAUUCAAACUGUGGACGUGCAGUUCACCCCGGACCCUACCACGUCUCUUCCACCCGCGGCGCAAAAGUCGCGCGGUGUGGUCAAGGAGCCCAUGCCGUCGUUAGCCGAGUCGGUCGCCAACACGGCGCGCUACGUGUGGAGUCACCCGGCCAAAGCAGCACGAGAGUCGCGCUGCUAUGUGAGCGAACGCGCUGCCUUCUUCCGGCAGGAGUGGAGUCGGCGACAUUCCAGCUUGCAGUUUAGUGAAAAACGAGAAUCAGCCUGGCGUUCAGUGAAGCAGAAGUGGAGAAGUUGGAGGAAGAGCGGCCGCAACCCGUUUCAAGACUAGUCUUAGCGUCGUGUUUCAAUUUAGUCCGCUCUUCUCCUUGUCGCCGCUGCCAUCUACCCCGUUUUCUCGGAACAUGGUGAAGUGGGUUAGCCUUCCACGCUGUUCCUGCUGCUGUCGUUGUUGUUUCGGUCGUUGUUGUACUCUGCCGCUGAGGUAGUAUUUCCUUUUUUUCUUAUCUUGGCCUUGUCACAGUUUCAUCAAUGUCGUCGUAGUUUCGUGUGCUGGAAGAUGAAACGACUGUAGUUUGAGUUCUUUCUUCUCCACUUGCUGCAGCUUUCCUGCUCAUGCCGUUGUUGUUUUGUUCCAAACGAAGACUGCUGGGUCUUGCUGCUUUCCACUCUGCGGCGGCAGUGCUUAUCAUCACCAUUAUAGCAAAAACAUUAUAUACGUGUGCUAACACACUUUCCGUGUGCCUAUUCCUAUUUAUCUGGGUGUUAUCUAUCAGUGUUUGGUCGUGGAACCUGGCUAUAUCAAGAUAAUCCUUUGUUUCUGUGAAGGCGUCUCGUAUCCUGCAUUGCGUGUUGUUGUUGUUUUUGUUGUUGUUGCUGUUAAGAAUGAUGUUAUGUCUGCUUUUGAUAUCAUCUCAUGAUAAGAAAUAUCUAGGUGGCUAGUAGUAGUAUUGUGACUGGCUGUCUUUAUCAUCGCUUUAUUCCAAUACACCCACGAAACUCAGCCCAUGUUUCAUGCAAGCAUAAAAACUAGUUCCGAAAAUCCCUA